CAUAGCCGAACCGCGGAAGCUAUUUCAUAGUUGCGGUAUUUGCUCAACAAACGUGAAUGUAGCAUAAAUACCGACCAACAAUAAUGAUUCCUUACACGGUCAACAUCAAACUCGCGGCUCGGACGUUGACUGGCACUCUCAAUUUGCAGAAUAAAACCGCUGUAGAUUGGGGCUGGCAGGGGCUGAUAGCGCAGGGAUGUCACUCCAGCAUUCUUAUCAUCGAUCCAAAGACGUCCCAGACCAUACAAGUGUUGGAGAAGCACAAAGCCAACGUGGUCAAGGUGAGAUGGUCCAGAGAAAACUACUACCACAACGUGAGCUCUCCCUAUUGUCUCCGGCUGGCUUCAGGAGACGCCUCUGGGAAGAUCAUAGUGUGGGAUGUGGUCAGCGGCACUGCCCACUGUGAGAUCCAGGAGCACUCCAAACCUAUCCAGGACUUGGAGUGGUUGUGGAACCAGGAUGCGUCUCGUGAUCUGCUGUUGGCCGUCCACCCUCCCAACUACAUCGUGCUGUGGAACGGGGACACGGGCACCAAGCUGUGGAAGAAGAGCUACGCUGAGAACAUCCUCUCCUUUUCAUUUGACCCCUUCGAUCCCUCCAACAUGGCAUUGCUGACGAGCGAAGGGAUAGUCUUCAUCACAGACUUUUCAUACUCCAAACCACCAGGCAGCGCCGGCAAAAAGGUCUACAUCGCCAGCCCCCACGCAAGCCCCGCUCACACCAAACCUGCACCCGCUGCUACUCCAGCCCCCACUGGAGCCAAGAAGGCCCUCAACAAGGUUAAAGUGCUCAUCACCAAUGAAAAACCCACCACUGAGGCGGUGACGCUGAACGACUGUCUGCAGCUGUCCUACCUGCCAUCCAAGAGGAACCACAUGCUGCUGCUUUAUCCCAGAGAGAUCCUCAUCCUGGACCUGGAGCUCAGCCAGACGGUGGGCGUGGUGGCCAUCGAGCGCUCCGGAGUGCCCUUCGUCCAGGUGAUCCCAUGUGCUCAGAGGGAUGCCCUGUACUGUCUCCAUGAGAACGGGUGUAUCACCCUUCGAGUGUGUCGCUCCACUACCACUUCAGAAGAGGCAUCAGAUCCAGAGCAGAAUGUGCAGGAGCUGGUGUACGACCUGCGCUCUCAGUGCGAUGCUAUCCGAGUCACCAAGACAGUCCGGCCCUAUCGCAUGGUCAUCUGCCCUGUCAACGAAAACAACGCUGCGCUCACGGUCAGCGACGGCAGGGUCAUGCUGUGGGAGCUGAAAGCCCACACUGGCAGGGCUCCCACCAAUCAAAGUUCGGGUCUGUCGCCACUCUACUCCCCGGUGUCAUUUUGUGGCUCUCGGCUGGGUCCAAACCAGAAAAGGAUUCAGGAUCUCUCUCUCAACAGCAUGAUCGGUCAGACCUUGAUUGCUGGUGAGGCUCCUCCUCCAUCGUCCAACCAGCAAGAAGUCCAGUUGAAGUUUUUGCUCACUGGCCUACUGUCCGGUCUGCCGCUGCCACCGUUUGCCAUCCGCAUGUGUCCACCACUCACCACCAAGAACAUCAACCAUUACCAACCCCUGCUGGCUGUCGGCACCAGUAAUGGCUCUGUGCUAGUCUAUAAUCUCACCAGUGGUCUUCUGCACAAGGAACUCAGCGUCCACUCUUGUGAAGUCAGGGGUAUUGAAUGGGUGAGUCUCACCAGUUUCCUAUCUUUCGCCACUUCUGCUCCCAACAACAUGGGCCUGGUGCGAAACGAGCUGCAGCACGUCGACCUGCCUACUGGCAGGUGCUUUGCAUUCAGAGGCGAGCGAGGAAACGAUGAGCCACCCAUUGAGAUGAUUAAAGUGUCUCAUCUCAAACAGUACCUGGUGGUGGUGUUCAGAGACAAGCCCCUGGAGCUGUGGGACAUCAGGACGGGGACGCUUCUCCGAGAGAUGGCUAAGAACUUCCCCACCGUUACUGCGCUGGAGUGGUCCCCAUCGCACAACCUGAAGAGUCUGAAGAAGAAGCAGAUGGCAGCGAGGGAGGCCAUUGCUCGGCAGACGGUGUCGGACGCCGAGCAAAGUAGCGUUGAAUCCUCAGUCAUCAGCCUCCUGCAGGACGCAGAGAGCAAGUCAGAGACGAGCCAGGCCAUCUCAGCCAGGGAGCAUUUCGUAUUCACUGACACAGACGGCCAAGUCUACCACAUCACCGUGGAGGGAAACACAGUCAAAGAUGGUGCAAGAAUCCCUCCUGAUGGUAGUAUGGGGAGUAUCGCCUGCAUUGCCUGGAAAGGUGACACUCUGGUGCUCGGAGACGUGGAUGGCAAUCUCAACUUCUGGGACCUCAAAGCUCGUUUAUCCAGAGGAAUACCAACACACCGUGGCUGGGUGAAGAAAAUUCGUUUUGCACCAGGGAAAGGCAACCAGAAACUUCUGGUCAUGUACACGGACGGAGCAGAAGUCUGGGACACUAAAGAGGUCCAAAUGGUCAGCAGCAUACGCAUCGGUCGCAAUGUGAACUACCGCAUCCUAGACAUCGACUGGUGCACGUCAGACAAAGUCGUGCUGGCCUCAGACGACGGCUGUAUCCGAGUGCUGGAGAUGGCCAUGAGGUCUGCUAGCUACCGUAUGGAUGAACAGGACCUCACCGAUUCCGUUUGGUGUCCUUACCUGCUGAUGCCCCGAGCUUCUCUCACCCUCAAAGCUUUCCUCCUGCUGCAGCCCUGGUCAGGAACCUUCACUAUGGACAUCACUCAAGUAGACUACAAUGAGAAAGUUGAGAUAAAAGGUCUGAUCCAGGAGCAGCUCAACUCUUUGUCAAAUGAUAUGAAGAGUGUGCUACAGGACCCGGAGCUUAGCCUGCUGCAGCGCUGCCUCCUGGUGUCACGGCUGUUUGGGGACGAGUCAGACCUCAACUUCUGGACAGUAGCGUCCCACUACCUCCAGUCUUUCGCCCAGGCUCGUCAACUCAGCCUGUCCGCAGCCGAGGGUCAGGCCCAAAACGAAGGAACCCAGCAGUCACCUCACAAUCAUCUGGACAUCUGCCAUGACGUCCUGUGCGAGAGUUCUUACUUCCAGAAGUUCCAGCUGGAUCGAGUUCACCUGCAGGAGGUGAAGCGCUCCAGUUAUGAACACACUAAGAAAUGUGCUGACCAGCUCCUCCUGCUGGGACAGACGGACCGGGCAGUGCAGUUACUGUUGGAGACUAGUGCAGACAACUCCAGCUACUACUGUGAUUCACUGAAGGCCUGCCUCGUGACCACCAUCACCUCCUCAGGCCCCUCACAGUCCACCAUCAAACUGGUGGCCACCAACAUGAUCGCCAACGGCAAGCUAGCAGAGGGAGUACAGCUGUUGUGUUUGAUUGACAAGGCGGCGGAUGCUUGCCGCUACUUGCAGACCUACGGGGAGUGGAACCGCGCUGCUUGGCUGGCUAAGGUGCGUCUGAACCCGGCAGAGAGCUCAGACGUGCUGAAGCGAUGGGCAGAACAUCUGUGCUCUCCACAGGUCAACCAAAAGUCCAAAGCCAUCCUGGUACUGCUCUCUCUAGGCUGCUUUUACAAAGUAGGAGAGAUGCUCCACAGUAUGAGGCACUUUGAUCGCGCCGCCCUCUUCAUCGAAGCCUGUCUGAAGUAUGGGCUGAUGGAGGCCAACGACUCUUCCAAUAAGCUUAUUGAGGCUGCAUUUUUAGACUAUGCACGGCUGCUCCGCCAGCUUGGUCUGCGGGAGGGAGCUGCUCUGUGGGCGUCGCGGGCCGGCAGCGCUGGGGAGCAGCUGAUGGAGGAGCUGUUCCAAGGAGAGGGAGGUGCGGCAGAAGUCGUCGCCGAAGAGGAAGUCGAGCUGGGCCAGGAGAGCACCGAGUGACCCUCGAGGCCGA